CACCACGCCCGGUUACACACCGCUCGCAUGAAUAUCACCAAGGAAAACUUCGAGCAAUCGUUCGAGGUAAUAUGUGAAGCCAUCCAUUCAUCCCAUUUCAUCGCCCUGGACACUGAGUUUACAGGACUCCGGCUCCCAGGGGCUGCCAGGGAGAAGAUGAUGGACAGCGUCCAGGCGCGGUACGACUUGGCCAAAGGCUCAUGUUCGCAGUUCAUGCUGACACAGUACGGCAUCUGCUGCUUCCGGUACGACGACGAACGCCUCGAGGCCCGGCCGUUCAACUGCUUCGUCGUGCCCUCGACCUACCACGGCUCCGAUCGUGUCUACAGCUGCCAGGCGUCCUCCAUGGACUUCCUGAGCAAGCACGGCUUCGAUUUUCAGGCCUGGGCGUCGCACGGCGUGCCGUUUCUCUCCAGGGCGGAGGAAGAGGUGGUCGAGGGCAAGCUGCGGAGGCGUUGGGAGUGGGAGGCGACCGUCGCUGCUGAAAGAAAAGAGGCCGUAGCGGCGAAGGCGAAAGCGGCAAAGGCGGCGACAGCGGCGGCGGCGGAGGGCGAGGGAGAUGGAGGUGCUACCACCGCUGAGGGUCCGGUCCACACCGCGCGAGAUGGCACCACCAUCGAAAGCCUGCAAGAACCGGAGAAGGGGAUGGUCAAGGGCGCGCUGAAAAAGGUAGAGGCGCUCCUCGCGGAGUCAUCCAGCGGGGACAAGUACGUUCAGAAAUCGGUCAAGCUCGAACCCAUGAACGGGAGGCAGCGGUGGCUCAUGUACGAGUUUGUGGGGUCGAGCACGGCCGACAUCAAGCUGUCCAACUUGCCGGGACCCGCCCACGCAAGGCCGAUGGAGAUCCGGACCGUCUGCAGGGACGACCCCGAAAAGCACGCGGAGGAGGAGGCCAAGCUCCGCGCCGAAGAGCAGGCGAGGCAGCUGGGCGACCUGCGGAGAGCGGUGGGCUUCCGGCGGGUAGUCGACGAGAUCUCCAAGGCCGGGAAGCCUGUCAUCUGCCACAACGGACUGCUGGACCUCCUUCACACGCACGACAAGUUCGUCGGUCCCAUUCCGGCCGACAUGGACGAUGGCACGCGGGCCCUCCACUCCCUCCUGCCGCGGCUGUUCGACAGCAAGGUGGUCAUGGCGAAGGCCAUGGCGGCGGGGAUGAAGCUCCCGCGCACGGUUCUCGGCGAGGCGCACCAGUGGCUCCGCGAGAAGUACCCCGCACCACCACCGCCGCCGACGCAGGAAGAGGGGGCCGAGGCGGGAGUGGAACCGGCGGAGGGCGCGGCGGAGAAGGUGCAGCAAGUCGACGGGACGGCAGCGGUGGCGAUCUCCGGGGGGGAGGCGAACGGCGAAAGUAAGACGAACGGAGAGGCGGCGGCGGCGGCGGCGGCAGGGGCAGGGCCACAGCUGGAGGCGGGGGCAGAGGCCACGGCGUCGAAGCGAGACGUGGAGGCGUUGGAGCGCGCAAGGCGGGGCUGGGAUGCCGUGCUAGCGCCGGGGUUCGAGGAGCGCUACAAGGAUGGUGGGCGGGAGCACGAGGCCGGUUUCGACGCCUACCUGACUGGUUGCUGCUUCGCGGCAGCGGCCACCGUUGGGCUCGGGGUCGGGUUGGAUGAGCUGAAAAGGAUGGCGUCUGGAGGGGAGACGCCUGCGGCGCUGAGUUCGGCGCAAAACGUCUUGCCGCUGUGUAAGGUGGUCGGGGGGCAGCAGGUGUGCCUACCUGGCCCGGCGCCUAAAGUGGAUCUCAGCCGUUACGUUCACGUGUCGGGCUUCCCGUCCGCCGCUCGCACAGACGCGGUUCUGGCACCAAUCAGGGCGGUCGACGGGUGCGGAGAUUCAUGGUUCCACUGGAUGGACGACACGUCUGGGGUCGCUGAUUGCACGUCGGCGGAAGGAGCGGAGGCGCUCUUGCGAGCAGCAGCGGCUGCUGCGGAUGCAGCUGCGGAUGCGUCCGCUGCCGCCUCUGGUACCCUCGCCGCCGGCGGUGGCGCUAACGGCGAAGAAGCUGAUCCUUGUCGGCUCUCCCUUGGGGACAUGAAGCUCGUGCGGAUGGACCACGCGCUCCUCAACGGCGGUGUUAGUAGUGCACCGGGAGCGGAAGGACAGGAGGGCGGGGAGGGUACCACGAGAGGAGCCAAGCGCCCUAGGCGUUCCUAAACCUGAGGCCGCAGGAAGGGACGAUGCCAUGGCAAUUUUGGUUGGGUAAACUGUUUCGUGAGGCCGACGAGCGGGGAACGCGUAUUCAUCUUCUCCCUCUCAUUUUUUUGGGUGUGUGGUGGACGAAAACAUGUACGACACACGUGUGAUCAGCCGUUAUUGCGUCAUAAAAGGUACAGAAACAGAUCUCGUGGCAGCCGGAAGCAGGCUUUGCUAAUGUUUGUGCGGGUGUAGGCUGAUUCUUUUUCUUGACACGAAAUGGUUGUUCGUGCCUUCGAUCCACAGCGGCCGUCGUCGUGUGAGAGGGAUCCCAGGGAAGACGUGAACGGGGUCUGUAGCUUAAGCACGGCAGAUCUCUCCCUCGGUGGUGUUGUAUCUUGACUCCCUGUAAUAGAGUAACUUGAACCUGAACGUUUGGGAGUACUGUUGUGUACU